CACUUAAUUUAAAAAUGAAAAUAAGGAACUAAAAUUUUGAUAAUUUAGCUUCUACAGAUGUAAAAUGUCUAUUAAAUAAUUUGGGAUAAUGUUUUAGUUUGCAAUAAAAAAAUGUGUUAAAUACUAUAGGGGUGAGGCGCCACUGGUUUCGUGAUCCCCUCUCACUACUUCACUGCUCUUCGAUAGCGCAACAAGUCCUAUAGAUUUCUGUGUUUAAGUUCGCUCCUUUAAUUUACAAUCAACAGGUAAAUCUAAUCAUUAUGCUGCGUUCAAAAGUCCUCAGUCUGGUGGCCCGCAGUGGGUCCAACCGUCUGAUGUCCACCGGCACAAAGCUGACAUCGGUGGAGGUCAACGACAAGACAGGAAUCGCCACUCUCACAAUGAACCGGCCACCAGUAAACGGACUCAACUUGGAGCUUCUGCAGGAUCUGAAGGCCUCCAUUGAUGAAAUUGAAGUCAACAAGAGCAGAGGACUCAUUCUGACUUCCUCCAGUCCUACUAUAUUCUCCGCUGGCCUGGACAUUCUGGAGAUGUACAAGCCGGACAAGGACAGGAUUCGUGCUUUCUGGUCGCAGCUGCAGGAAACGUGGCUAGCCCUCUACGGCAGCAGUGUGCCCACGGCAGCCGCCAUUAAUGGCCACUCACCCGCCGGCGGAUGUCUCUUGGCCACAUCCUGCGAGUACCGAGUCAUGCUGCCAAAAUUUACUAUUGGCUUGAACGAAACCCAGCUAGGCAUUGUGGCACCCAAGUGGUUUAUGUCCGCCUUUCUUAGUGUUCUGCCGCAGCGCGAAGCAGAGCGUGCCCUGAAUCAAGGACGCAUGUUCAACACCGAAGAGGCCCUGAAGGUGGGUCUGAUUGAUGAGACUGCAAACAGCAAGGAGGAGGCCAUCGAAAAGUGUGCUGCUUUUAUUGGCACCUUCGCUAAGGUCAAUCCUCUGGCUAGGUCGCUGACCAAACAGCAAUUCCGGGCCGCCGAUCUACAGCAAUUGGAGAACGAGCGGAAGGAAGACCUGGAAAAGUUUCUGUUCUUUGUUAACCAGCCCGCUGUUCAAAAGGGUCUGGGCAUUUAUCUCGAAGGCCUUAAGAAGAAGGCCAAAAAGCAAUAAUUAAAAGAAUUUAGAACGGAGUUAAAUAAACUUAUUUUUCAUUCAUUAA